AGAAAAUGUAAAGAGGAUCGCGUAUAUAAUGGUCUCAAGAUUCCAGCCGAAAUGGAUGUAUUGAUUCCCGUGUAUCAACUUCACUACGACGCCGAGUUGUGGGACGAUCCUUGGAAAUUUGACCCGGAGAGGUUUGGUGUUGACAAGGGAAGAGCUUUCAAUCCCAUGGCAUUCCAAGCCUUCGGCAAUGGUCCACGGAACUGCAUAGGCAAGCGCUUCACCCAGCAGCAGUUAAAACUGGCAUUCGCCAAGAUCUUGGCAAAAUACAAGAUCGUUCCCGAUGAUAGAUAUUUGGAGGAAGAUCAUCUCCAAAUGGCAUCUUCCUACGUCUUCUGCAAACCUCGGGGUGGAGUUUGGCUUAAGUUUCAGAAAAUCUACAGCAACAACAGCGAAAAAUAGAAGGGUGCAAGCAGAAAAAAAUUA